AUCGAGAUGUUAAGCGGCCUACGGCUUUUUGAUGAAAAUGGACCCUGGUUGCCCGACAACAGCAGAAGCAUGGAACCAAAAAUCGUCUGAAAAAGCAUGUUCCCCGAGAGACUACUACCACUGUAUACAGACACAACAUCAUAAAGUAACUGAACGAUGUGAAAGUCCUAUCUGGAUUGAGGGAUGUAACUGUCCCGUUUUCAACAAGACAUUGAAGUCCAUACCAUGCAUAUCCAAAUCAUCAAGUGCGUGCCCAACAGUCAUUUACAAAUCCAAUACAGUGUUUAACUGUAAGUAGUUUUCAUAUUUUGAAAAUUUUCAAAAGAAUUUCUUCAACAACUACCCGAGGUGUUAACCAUGCUGUUCAACAACAGAACACAUCAACAAUCAGAACGAGUACACAUGACGGGGGAUCUGGUCCGGAGCUACUGGCGCUAAUCCUUCUCAUCAUUCCUGUGGUUAUUGUUUUUGUUUUCUUACAAAGAAGAGGGUACAUCAAACGAUGGCGACGAAAAAUCAACAGAAGACGUCAUCCUGACAAGAUGGCCGAGGAUUCUGCAUCACCUUCACCUUGUGAUGCAGGUCACAUGGGAAGUAGGAGCAAUGUUAAAAACGACCGUGACGAAAGAGAAGCGUUGAUAUGUACCAAUGACUCAACUACUCUGUCAGCUGAAGGAUCUGAUACGACUGUCGUACAUCGACCGCCUGCUGGAGAAAGUCAAAGUUCCGGAAGAACAAAGGAAAUUCAGUCAACUCCCAAAGGAUGUGAUACGACUGUCGUACAUCGACCGCCUGCUGGAGAAAGUCAAAGUUUGGGAAGAACAAAGGAAAUUCAGUCAACUACCAAAGGGCGGCGGAUACACGUGGUUAUGCCGAACAUAUCUUUUAUUGAUGGGGUGGUAAAAUCACUGUCCUCUCUAAACAUCAUGGUAUUUACUGGAUUACCAGGAAGUGGAAAGACUUCUAUCGCUAACGAAACUGUUGUAUCUGUUUGUCAAAAUUUCACCACUGGAACAAAUGUUCGGCACCCGAAGGACAUGAAAGAGUUGGAGGGAAUUCGUACGGACAAGGCAACUUUCCUUAUUGUGGACGAGUAUAUCAAAAGUUGGUUCAAUAAAAACAUUAUUGAUGCUUUACUUAAAAAUGUUGAAAAUGUAGUAAAAGCUGGAAAGGGGAAGGUGCAUGCAUUAAUAUGUGUUCCAGACACUCUGUCAAAAAAUGUCGAAGAAUUCCUAAAGAAUAGUUCUUUGCAGUAUGAAAUUUAUGAUCUAAACGUAAAAGGGUACACCGAAAAAGACUGGGGAGCAAUAUUUGACACUCAUAUGCAAAGUAGAAUAGAUUGGAUCAGGAAUCAAAAAUACCAGACAGGGGACAUCGAUAAAUACAGAGAGGCUUACAUUAAAUGCAAACCUAUUCAUAUAGGGAAACCGAGGAUACCCCUUCUUCUCUUUCAAAACGAAUAUUAUUUUAAGAAUGCUUCCAAAUUUCUCGAGAACCCGUAUGACUCAAUAUUGCAGCGAAUAACUGCUUUAUCCGAAUCAUGGUGGUCAUCCAAUGUACGUCAUUUUGUUUUCCUCGUAAUUGUCAUGUUACACAAUGGAGAAGCAAAGAGUGAAGACAUAGAUAGAGAUAUGGUCAAUGAAAUAUGUCGAGUAUUUCAAGUGAGGACACUUACAUUUCCCAAUGACUUACAACUUGAUGAGCUGGAACAAUAUGGAAACAUUGUCUCAAUACGCUGCAGAGAAACAGUUCGUGUCACGUUUGAUGUUCUUUGGAAGAAAAGGAAAGAUUUGAUCAUCAAAUACUGUGAUGAUGAAUUAUUUUUGGAACGUGUCUCUUUACGUGAAGUGAGAAAACGUGAUCUCCUCGCAAUAUACGAACGGUUUCAGUCGAUGAUAUCAGCUGGGACACCGUACGUAGGGGAACACAAUAUCUUGGAAGAAUUGCGAUCGAAAUGUUCUACUUUACAUAAAGAAACGGGUUUUUGAGACAUAUUUUGAUAGCUUGUAAGGAGUAUUUUAUAUAGUUGUUCAGUCUGUGAUCAAGGUUUAUCUUAUACGUGUGGUGUAUAUUGAAAGUGAGAUAAAGCAUUAGCUUUAUCACACGCCCGUUUGAGAAAGCACUUCCGGUCCGAACUACUUUUGACAAUGUCCCCGCUUGGAUGACAUAUUUUCUGUGUUUAUGCAUACAUGUGUAUCGAUGCAUGAAAUAAAGCGUAAAACUUGU